AUGCCUGACAGCGAAUCAGAGCCGGCCCAUACGCCUGGCACAGAGCUUUCAACCGACAUCGGCUCCCUUCGCAGGUUCACUGUGACGGCCGAUCCAGGCUCGGCCGGCAUGAGCCGAUCCUGGUCCGAUCAGCCCAGCAUGCGCAGCUAUCAGGAAAGCUCAGUCAGUGCAAAAGGUCCUACUGCGACCCUUCAUCGAAAGGUUGGCGAACAACUGGCUAACUCCCUCAGCCGUUAUGGCCCUCCGUCGCCCGAACCUGCGUCCGCGAAUCUGGACCCCUUACCAUCACCUCAUCAAAAAAGUCCAUCCUUGGUCGCCGCCCCACUCUCCGACGCUUCGAUCGAGCAGUCACAUCUGGAACAAGCAGAAGCAGCUGCAUUGCGACCCUUCAGCGAAUCCAAUGCCAGUUCCGACGGCUCCCCCAUCAUGAAGCUUCGCGCACCAUCCAUCACUACGCCCUCGUUGCGCGACUUCCCGGUCAAUGCCGAUAAGAAUUCGAGCUUCGAGUCCGUGUAUGCGACUGUUCGUCAGAGGACCGACUCUCGCCCAACCAUCUCUCCCUCCAACACCUCUCGCGCUAUCUCGGCGCCCGCACCAAUGCCUUUACCACAAGCUUUGGCUGACCAUCGCCCUACGGCGCGACGCACUGAUGGUCAACGCGCAGAGAGCGAAGUUGUUCGCAGUCGUACCUCAGCCAAGCCUUUCAGCUUUCCUGCACGAUCCAGCGCCCAGUUCACCGCGAGGGAGCGUUCGGAUGCGCUUCAAGGUCAGUCGGUGCAGCACAAGGCCGGUGACUCGAUGAUCCGUCGAUUUAUUCGCCGAGCCAGCUUAAAGGGCAAGAAGUCGCAGUCGACGCCCAACUCUCACAAGGCGCCGAUCCCGCUUUCAUCCGAGCUUGACGCUGAGGCAAGUACCGACGCCACCAGACACACACGCCGUCGCAGCAAGUCAAAGGACCGCGGCUCCUCCAAAGCGACCAAGUCGUCUUCCAUUUUCGCGCCUUUCCUGGCUCGUGACCCCAGUAAAACAUACGGCCUAUUCCGCUCAAGACGCGAAGAGUCCGUUGGUGGCCACCUUGCUCCGAUGUCUCUUGACGAUGACACGCCGCCGCUGUCCGGGAAUGGCUUGCCACCCAGCUCUGACUCUACCUUCCUGGCGCGUGAUCCCGAUUUUGCCGCCUUCAAACACUCCACUGAGGAUGAGGAUGAGGUACAAAGCAGAGACUUUGCCAUGGUUCAAGCUCUACCGCAACAGACGCUACCGGACAACCAAGACCUCAAUGAGGAGCUCGAUCAUCCUGUCAAGGAGCAGGUUCAAGAUCUGGAUGUCCACGACGACGAGAGCCAAAAUCACUCACCAGGGACUGAUCAGACACACACCGCCCUCGGUACUGGCAUGGCUCCAUCUACGCGCAACAAUUUCAACUUCCAGGACUCGUUGAGCCUCAAUGAGCUCUCUGCUACGAGAAAGCAACGUUCGGAUGUUGCUGGCCUCGCUUUCGAGCCAUUAAAUGACAGUCCUUCCGUUUUGCCGUCUGGUAGCCAUUCCAGUGUUGGUCUGGCGACCUCGCGUCCUAGACCUGGUAUCCCUCGCAUCUGGCAAGGACUCGAGCCCGCCGAUGCAGACCACUCCUUGCAUUCUACCCACAUUGACGACGCCGACAGUUCCGAUGACACGCCACCCGAUCACAAGCUUCCGCCCAACCGUUUCGAUACUGCUACCACUACCAGUUCCUUCAAGACGGCUGUCAGUAGUCUCGAUUCACCCAAAUCCGCAUCAACCCGCCGGAUGAUGAACGCCUCCAGGGCAUCGAGAGUAAGUCUCCGUACGCUAGAUACGCCUUUGGCCCGACACUUUGAUCAGGGUCCAAGCCAGGACUCGCCGCUCUCCGACCUCAUCAGCAGUAUAGAAAGACGUCUCAGCACUCACAGCGUCUCUGGCGCCGCGGGAUCGUCGCCUUGUCUCGAUACUGCUGCUUCCCCUAGUAACGAGGUCCUGCAUGUUGAGUCUGAUCAUACUCGCUUCGCCACCGCCGAUGAGCAUUUGCCUCCUCGGUCAACAAUCACAAAUGACGGGCAGCACCGCGAGUCCGUGGACCAGAACGAUGAGGCAUCACUUCACGCUCUCCGUCACAACACGCACGUGUCUACUGCCUCUCAUACUGCGCUCGUUGAAACGGCCGACCAGUCGAAUCGCAACUCGCUCGCCGAGGCUGAGCCUCCAACGUCACAGUCCCAAAACUUCGCGAGUAGCAACACCCACCUUCAGUACAGACGCGAAACCUUUGGCAGUCUCGGAUCCACGCCUUUCGCCCAUGAUAGGUCAAGCAAGAGCCAAGAUAGAGCGCAAUCAACUGGUCCGCAACUUUCUCGCUUCUCGACGGCCCUUGCCGGUCCCGAGGAGGACGAUCUUGAGGAACAACUCCCAGGCGACAAUUCGGAGGACCGCGAGGUUGUAUUGCCGGAAGUCAAAGUUUCAGAGAUCGAAAGCCAUUUGGCAGCUGUCGAGGCUGCUUUGCAGGACAACAGACAAGAAGGCAGUUUCGACCUCACUUCGCUUCGACAGAGAAUGUCAUAUGCCUCUUAUGCGAUCCAUGCCAACCCUUCGUCAAGCAGCAUGGCCUCUCGAGAAGCAUUUGCCCAAUCGACGCUGCAAGUGGCCCAGAAAAGUGCGGAUGAGCUCACGCUUCCUGGAGCGUGGGCUGAAGACAAUUCCUCCUUCAUCAUGACAGGCGACGAAAGACGCCGCAUCACGCUUGCACCCGAGUCGCACGAGGCGCUUGCAGAUGCUGUGCGUAGCGUACGUAGAGCCAUCAGCUCUUCUCAGCUCAACGACACAGACGGACCUCGCUCUGCUUUGACGAGUCGAUCCGUCGACACGCUCGGAAUGGAGAGCUUCAUGUCUGACGUUGCUGAGCCAGCCGGUGAACGAACUCUCGCUGGUGAAAUAUCGAUGCUAUCCGAGGCCACACCCGCGCGAGCUGCCAAGAAGCGACAGGAGGGUAUGCGUGAUAUCGAAGAGGCUUACGGGCGCAUGCUGGCCUUGGUUCAGUCAUCGGCCGUUGGUGUUACUCCCUCACCUCAGCUUCGCGGUGAAGAGGGUCGCCUUGGCUUUGAGCCACCUCGCCGACCGAUCAAGCUUAGUCAAGGUGGAGGGAGUGGGUCGCUUUCCGUUUCUCCCCUGGCGAAGGCUUCGACCAAAACAGAUGAACCCCUCAGCCAAAGCACACAGGCAAACCGAGCUGGUCUGGAAGGUGUCAGGUCCAGUCAGCCAUCUCGCAUUCAGACGCGCGCGCCGAUGAGUGCAGAGAAUCGCACAUCCACGUCCUUGUCUGGUUUGAUGGGCAUGCCAUUGGACAUCCAUCCGCAUAUGUUGCGUCAAGCCAGCAUUUCUACCGUCUCAUCAGUGCAGGAUGUCUCGAAAAGCGAUCAAGUAGACGUCGGGGCGUUCCGCAGACGCCCACCUUCCGAUGCCAGGUCGAUCUCUAGUCGCUAUUCCCAGGCGUUGAGUCGCGACCAUGGAGCAUCGUCCGUCAUCGAUUCGGAUGGUUUCCGCAAGCGUUUUAGCACGGACAACACCACCGUAGGCCGGGCCAGCUCUGGGGGCGGACACACGUCACCGUCAGCUACAGCUAAGACGCAAGGCACCCCUAGGUCGUUUGCCACUUCCAUCUCGCAGCACUCGCUUGCCAACAUGGUACGUCGUCAUGAGCUCGAAAAGGAAAGUUUGCUGGAUACGCUCGAGAGGGUGCGAGCCGAGAACGCCGAACUGCACGCCAGACACGAGAGCCUCACAUCGGAUCUGCACGCAGAGGUGACGCGCGUUCUAGAGCUGGAACGCGAACUUGAACGUCGCGACUCUCGAGAAGUGACGUUGAUCGGUCAGAUUCAGGAUCUGGAGGACGAGUUGGUGGAGCUUCGCCACCUUGAUUUCCAGCUCAACUCGAGUGCCGAUCAGACUUUAGGCUCAGAGGACGGCGAAGGAUCUAUCAUGGAUGUCGAAUUGCCGCCUGGUCUUCAAUCCGGAACCGGAACCGGAACCGGCAUCGGGGCUCUUCCGCUUUCUCCGCGUGGCAGAAGCAACCAAGCCAUUCUCUCUUCUGAACCCUUCUCCUCGACAUCGACCUCGGCGCAGCCCAAACCGACACACAGAAGCACGCGCUCGGAAGCAUUUGUCUCUGGGCUGCCGGGCUCGGAACGAUCGACGCUGCCGAUGAGCCGAAGUGAGCUGCCACGUGCUCGACCCGUUUCGUUGCUGAACGGACCUGGAGGCCUUUUCCGAGAAGACGGUGGCUCGAAACGAUCCGGUGAGGCGUCACCGCUCCCUACUCCGCGCCGCAGCAGCCUGCUUCGACACCCUCACCAGGCUUCGGGGAAGGUGGCAAAGGCGCGCCCAGCAUCGCCUACUCUGUUCGGUCUCAGUCUGCCUACGGAAGAGGAGGAGAUGUGGAACCUCGCCGAUGAACACUUGCCAGAGAUCGACGACGAAAUUAUUCCUCCGUAUCAACAAGUGUCUAGUACUGUGGUACCGAUGGAGACUAUGGAUUCGCAGGUAGCCCAAAGCGGUCACCUUGACCGCAGCUCUGAGCGUGACGAAGAUGAUGAAGAUCAGCACAGUUCGGACCCGUCUCUGAUCCAGGACAGCGUGACUUCUCAACGCGACCUGUCUGGUUCCAUGCCUCGCUCCAGCUCGCAGGUGACUGUGACCAAGAACAACACGGCAUCUCAACUGCCACGGCCAUCUGCCACACCAAGCAGGAUCCCCACCAGUCGCUCGGCGGGUGGAAUCGCUGAUGCUCCGGCGCAUCGUAGUAUCUCGUCUCGUCUGCCGCGCCUGGGCCUCAAGCCAAGCUCGCGAUACUCUACUGCUGGAAACGGCAUGCGCAGCGUGUCGAACGCCACCGAUAAAUCCACCGGAUCCACUCUCUCAUCGGUCUACAGCACAGACUCGGCGCGUGCGCCUCCCUCGCUCGGCUCGCUCCCCAGCGGCAACAACACGAUGGAGGACGAGAUUCAGGCCGAAUUAGCACGUCUCGGUAAUCCUCAGCCGUACAUGAGGUACUAUUCUCCUCCACGCAGCAAGCUGAUGUGA